UAAAUGCUACUGCUAUACCCAAAUUUGAAGGACAUAUUGAUCCUUGUGAUGGUGGAUUCACUUUUGUAAAUCCACCACCGGAAGACUCUAAAGAUAGUUUCUCUAUAAAAAAUAAUACUAAAGUUAAAUGUGAAUGGUCUGGAUCAAAAGUCGACACUGUCUCUGAUUUUGAACUUUUUACAAGCGAGGGAGAACAAACUAUUUUAUGGCAAGAUGGUGUUAAAAUGGAGAAUAAUUCAGCAAGCGUGAACAUUCGAAUAUACGUACCUACUGAUACAAAGCUCCCUGCUACUUUCUUUGGCAGAAGUUGGGCAUCUUCGGGUGAACAUAAUUGUCUUGCUUUAAC